AUGGCGGGCACCCGCAAGCCCUGGGCUGGUGUGCGGUUCCUGGAGCAGCAGAAUAAGGUCCUGGAGACCAAGUGGAGCCUCCUGCAGGACCAGGGCUCCAGUUCCAACACCAACCACAACAACCUGGAGCCCUUCUUUGAGAACUACAUCAGUAGCCUCAGGGCCUUCCUGGAUGGGCUGCUUGGCGAGAAGAGCAAGCUGGAGGGGGAGCUGAGGAGCAUGGAGGAUCUGGUCGAGGACUUCAAGAAGAAGUAUGAAGAGGAGAUCAACAAGCGCACAGCAGCGGAGAAUGACUUCGUGGUCCUGAAGAAGGAUGUCGAUGCCACUUACAUGACCAAGGUAGAACUGGAGGCCAAGGUGGAGAGCCUGACAGAUGAGAUCAACUUCCUGCAGGCCCUCUACAAUGCUUCAGACACCAGCGACACGUCGGUGGUGCUGUCCAUGGACAACAACCGCUGCCUGGACCUGAACAGCAUCAUCGCUGAGGUCAAGGCCCAGUACGAGGACAUCGCUCAAAGGAGCAAGGCCGAGGCGGCGGCCCUGUAUCAGUCCAAGCUGGGCGAGCUGGAGAGCACGGCGGGCAGGCACGGCGAUGACCUCAAGAGUACCAAGAGCGAGAUCUCCGAGCUCAACCGACUGAUCCAGAGGCUGCGGGCUGAGAUCGAGAGCGUCAAGAAGCAGAACGCCAAUCUGCAGACAGCCAUCGCCGAUGCUGAGCAGCGUGGGGAGAUGGCCCUCAAAGACGCCAAUGCCAAGCUCCAGGACCUGAAGGCUGCCCUGCAGCAGGCCAAGGAGGAGCUGGCCCGGCUGCUGCGUGACUACCAGGAGCUCAUGAAUGUGAAGCUGUCCCUGGACGUGGAGAUCGCCACCUACAGGAAGCUGCUGGAGGGCGAGGAGUGCAGGAUGUCUGGGGAGUGCCAGAGUGCCGUCAGCAUCGGUGGCCCCAGCCUCAUCCCACUUCCUUAUGGGAAAAUCUUCUUUCCACCCUGGUCGCCAGGGGCUGCCCUGCCCCACUUCACCCUGGCGCUUGGCCUCCCUUUCCUGGAGAUUGUCCACUACACAGUUAGGGCACAGAGAAAGCACAGGUUCAUGAAAGAAGGCGUGGAGACUUGA